AUGAAAGCGAUCACGCUAAGUUUAUUGUGCGUGGCGGGUCUCGCGCUGGCCGCCGGCGAUGGGGCGCUGGUGGCGGAGCUGAGCGAGGGCGCGCCGCCCCCCAGGGGACCAGAGGCGGCGGCGGAGGUGCCGGAGGGGGCGCCGGAGGGGGCGCCGGAGGGGGCGCCGCGCUACCACGGCCAGCGCGGGGUGCCGCUCGCCGCGGAGCUCAGCGCCCUCGAGGAGCAGCUGGGCAGCAGCGCCGACGCGGCGCCUCGGAUCGUGGGCGGCCUGGCCUCCUAUGUCGGAGAGCACCCUUUCUUUGGUGGUCUGGUGAUCACGCUAUGGAGCGGGCUGACGUCGGUGUGCGGCUCGGCGCUAGUGACGAACACCCGGCUGGUGACCGCGGCGCAGUGCUGGUGGGACGGACGCGACCAAGCCUACAGCAUCACGGCGGUGCUGGGCUCCACGCGGCUCUUCUCGGGCGGAGUGCGCGUCUCCGCCAGCUCGGUGAUCGCCCACGGCGGCUACGACCCCUCCAGCCUCGCCAACGACAUCGCCGUGCUCGUCGUCCCCUACCUCUACACCUCGAGUAGUAUUAAGCCGAUCGCCUUGCCCGACGCUUCGGAGCUCACCGAUUCCUUCGCUGGCACACGCCCCGUUGUAAUCGGUUUCGGCAAGACCAGUGAAUCGGCCAGCAUCACGGGCAGCGCGGCACUGCGCGACGUGUACGUGACGGUGCUGACGAACAGCGCGUGCGCGCAGGUGUUCGGCGGCGCGGUGGGCGCUGGCGUGCUGUGCACCAGCGGCACCGGCGCGCGCGGGCCCUGCGGCGGCGACGGCGGCGGGCCCCUCGCCCUGCACACGGGCGGCAGGCGGCUCCUGAUCGGCGUAGUGUCGUUCUUGUCUGCAGCUGGCUGCCAGCGAGGAGACCCCGCGGGAUACACGCGCAUCACUGCCUAUUCUUCCUGGCUACACUCACAGAUA